AUGACGACCGGAUCCGACGCCCCGCCACCACCAGGCUACGCCCACGGCCCGCCGUCCUACCCGCAGCGCCGCCCGCACUACGGCGGCGCCGGCUCGCCCUCCUACGGCUCCUCCUCCGCCUCCCUCCGCGGCUGCUGCUGCUGCAUCUUCAUGCUCGUCAUCUUCCUCGCCCUCCUCGCCCUCGCCGUCGCCCUCGUCGUCAUCCUCGCCGUCAAGCCCCGCAAGCCCCACUUCGACCUCAACCAGGUCUCCGUCCAGUACCUCCUCGUCGCCCCGCCCUCCUCCGCCGCCGCCGCCGCCUACCUCUCCCUCAACAUCACGCUCCUCUUCACCGCCGUCAACCCCAACAAGGUGGGCAUCCGCUACGGCGCCACGGCGCUCGACGUCAUGUACCACGGCGUGCCGCUCGGGGUGGCCGCCGUGCCCGGCUUCGAGCAGCCCGCGCACAGCACCCGCCUCCUCCAGACCCGCGUCGUCGUCGACCGCUUCAACGUCCUCCAGUCCGACGCCCAGGACCUCAUCCGCGACGCCUCCCUCAACGACCGCGUCGAGCUCCGCAUCACCGGCGACGUCGCCGCCAAAAUCCUCCUCCUGGGCUUCUCCUCCCCAAAAGUACAGGUGUCGCUGGAUUGCGCGAUCGCCAUCAGCCCCAGGAGGCAGUCCGUGACGUACAAGCAAUGCGGCGUCGACGGGCUCAGCGUCUAGGGAGGAGCCAAGCCAGCCAACCUCGCCGCCGCCGCACGGCCGCAGAAGGAAGCUGGAGUACUGCUAUAGUCUAAUUAAUUAUUACUG